AUGAGAAGAUUUGGAUUGUUACUAAUAGUCUCAUUCUACUCUGCUGUUGGUAAUAUACCAAAUGAAGUUGCUAUUGGUGCUAUUUUUCCGUCUGACCUUCCUAUAUUACAAGAAACAUUUCGGUUAGUUAUAAACAAUAUAAAUUCAGAUUCGAAUUUAUUACCCAAUACGAAACUCAUUCCGAUUACACAGAAUGCUUCUACGCAAUUAGAAGUUAUUAGAGCCGCGUGUAAUUUAGUAGAUCAGCGAGUGAUAUCGAUAGUCGGACCACUAAUGUCUUUACAUUCAAAAAUUGUCCAAAGUGUGUGUGGCCAAUUGGGAAUACCGCAGAUUAGUAUCUUGGCCACAGACCCGAUGUUAUCUUUAAUACCGAUUUUGAACCAAUCGUCGUCUACGCUUUUAAAAAUGUCACCGCCGGAUACCUUUCAGAAUAAUGCCUUAAUACAUAUCUUGAAAUAUUAUGGAUGGGAUGCUUUUGUCAUUUUAACAGAAGAUAAUGAACCAGCUAUUCAUGCAACAAUGGAACUGCAAAGACUAGCUACGAAACACGAAAUUACACUGCUUUCUGUUCAGCGAUUUCCUUUGUCCGACACAAAAUAUCUCGAUAUUACCCGACAAUUGAAUGCCAUUAAGGAAAAGGAUGUCAGAAUAAUAAUUCUUUAUUGUGAUAUAACGAUAAGUAAAACUGUUAUAAACCAAGCUGAUCGCAUGAACAUGUUUCGUUCUGGAUGGACAUGGCUCGUCAUGGAUAGCAUUACAUCACACGAUUUGAAAUACUUAUCAGAUGAUGACGGAUAUAUACCAUCUUCUUUAGUUGGAUUAAUAGGAACUGCAUUUGCGGUUCCUGAUACCAUUUUGUAUUUAAAAUUAAAUCAGCAAGCUUUCACUCGUGUGUAUGAUGCAGUGUUAGCAAUUGCCAACGGACUUCACAAAAUUCUUUACGAAGAGAAAAUAUCUUUCGAACCUUCUACUUUCCAAAAAGGAAGUUGCACAGAUUCUGUCAAUAAGUGGAAAUGGGGUAGAUAUUUGUUGAAAAGUAUUCUCAAUUUGAGGAAUGUUAAUGGAAGUUUAGGACCUUUAAAGUUCACGAAAUUUGGUUAUCAUGAUCUCACCAGCUUUGAUAUAAAAAACCUUCAAGUCAAAGGUUUCGUUAAAGUAGGAAAAUGGUUAGGAAACGAAAAAAACUUUAAGAUUAAUUCAGAAAUCAUAUUUCCUGGCCAAACUACAAUUCCUCCUACUAAUUCUCAUCAAAGUCUUUAUGGAAGAACUCUUAAUGUUGGAAUAAUUAUAGAAGUGCCCUUUAUCAUGAAAAACCCUUAUUAUAAAAAAGGAGACCCUAUACAUUCUAAAUACGAAGGACUACUUAUAGACCUUCUUUUAAAAUUACAAGAAAUACAUGAUUUUAAAUUUAAAUUAUACGAAAUUGAGCAAUAUGGAAAUGAAAAUCCCGAAACAAAAGAAUGGAACGGAUUAGUUAGACAAUUAAUGGAUAAGAAAAUAGAUUUGGGCCUAGCUGCCUUGACGAUAUCUUGGAAAAGACAAGAAGUCAUCUCCUUUACAGCUCCUUACUACGAUUUAGGUUUUGCUAUAUUAAUGCCAAAAUAUAAUGCAAAAACUAAACAAAAUUAUUUCGCAUUUUUAUCACCUUUCGAAACAACAGUGUGGCUUACCAUUGCUGUGUCGGUGAUUUUUACUUCUCUAGUGCUUGCAAUAUGUGUAAAUUUAACACCAAGUAAUUUUAACAACAGUAGAAAGGAGAUAAGGAAAACAAAUCAAAGCGUUAGAGAUUCUUCUUGGAUCACUUUUCCACAAGCACUUUGGUGGAGUUUAUCGUCGCUUGUAGCCCCGGUAGGUGACCAAUUAUUUGUUGUUAACGACUUUAUUUGUAUAAUGAAAAAUUUAAUUAAUUGAUAUAUAUUUAGGGAACAGAAUUUAAACAAAAAAACAAUCUUCCGGCAAGAAUA